AUGUAUUUUGAAUGUUUGGCCAACGAAUUAUUACUUGAUUUAUUUCAAUAUAUUGAUGUUAUUGAUCUUUUUCGUGCUUUUUAUGAUCUUAAUACUCGUUUAAAUGAACUUCUUUUUACUAAACUUACAUUAUACAAUCUUGAUUUUCGAUCAGUAUCUAAAUAUGAUUUUGAUCAUGUUUGUCAACAAUAUUUACCAUUGAUUAUUAAUCAAAUCAUUUCACUUCAUUUAUCUGAUAAUGAAGAAACACCAAAUCUAUCAAAAAUAUUGCUUUCAUAUGGUUUUACAAUAAAUAAAUUCAUUAAUUUAAAAUCAUUAUCAUUAUAUAAUAUUCAAUCCUAUGAUAUAUUUAAUCAAUUAAUAAUUCAAUGUCAUCAUUUACCGUAUUUAACACAUUUAAAUAUGAUUAAAUGUUUUUUUAAUUAUCAUGAAAAUGAAAUCGAAUCUUUGAUGAAUAAUAUUUGGAAUCUAUCAACAUUGACUCAUUGUAUCGUUGAUCAGAUUAUAUCGAGAAAAAUACGAUUAACAGAUAUUCAUAUAAUUUCAUCAUCAAUAAAAUAUUUAACUUUAGAAAAAAUUACUUGUGAUUUUAAAGAUUUAUCACAUCUAUUUAAAUAUACAACAUAUCUUCAACGAAUUUCUAUUAAUCUAUUGUAUGGUUUUCCUAAUCAACAAUUACAAUAUCCUAUAGAAUCAAUAAUUUCUUUAAAAAUUUUAUAUCAUGGUUAUAUUGAUAUGUUAAGAAAUCUUUUUCAAAAUCUACCUAAUUUAAUUUAUUUAAAAUUAGAAACAUUUGAUAUUUAUUGUAAUGGAUAUGAAUGGGAAAAUAUUCUUGUUAGUGAUUUAUCUAAAAUAAAAUUUUUCAAUUUAAAAAUGAAUUUAAAUUUUCCUAAUCAUAAUCAUAUAAAUCAACAAGCUAAUGAAUUACUUGAUACAUUUCGUACAUAUUUUUGGCUUGUAGAACAUCAAUGGUAUGUUCGAUGUGAUUGGGAUCCAUUGAAUAUAUUUAGUUAUGGUAUUCUCUAUACAUUACCAUAUAAUUUUAACGAUUGUUUUUAUUUUGAUACAAUUUCUUCUAAAUCAACAUGUCCUUUUAAUACAGAUUAUUGGUCAUAUGAUCGUGUAUUAAUACUUUCACAUAAAAAUCCCGAAAAUGAUUUAUCAAAAGAUUUAAUUCUUUUUUCUGCACGAUUUUCACAAAUACGUUAUUUAAAAAUAAGUUUUCCAUUUGAUGAAAAAUUUUGGUCAUGUAUACCAUUAUUAAAUCGUUUAAUAUCUAUUAAUAUAAUAUUUCUAUCGACAGAUCAUGCAUAUUCACAAUUACAAGAUUUACUCAAUCGAACAGUACAUUUAUAUUCUUUAAAAUUGUCUAAUACAAAAAAUGUAUCAAUGAAAUUUUUUACAAUAACAAGUCCAUCAGUUCGUCGACUUGAUUUGAUAACGAAAUUUAAGUCAUCUAUUCGAUAUUUUAAUGCAGAUGAAUGUUCUUCCUUAGUUAAUAAUUCACCAUUCAUACAACAAUGUGAAGUUCUUUUAAUUGGUAUCAAAUAUCGAUCGAAUAUUGUUGAGUUUAUUAAUGCACUACCUAACCUUCGAUCUUUAAUAUGUAAUUGUAAAGAUGAUGAAUAUAAUGUUUGGAGUUCAUCAUCAACAAAUGAUGAACUUAUUGAAUGGUUAAAAAAUCGUUUACCAUCAACAUAUAUGAUUAGUCGAGAUGAGAAACGACCAUAUCUCAUUCGACUUUGGAUCGAUCGAUAA